CAGCAGAGGUCACACAUGAUUCAAACAUGGAUGCCGUGAGCUGCAUUUGAAUUGUGUUUUUAUUUUCUUAUUUUGUUACAGAUAUAGUUUGAUUUAUAUGGAUAACAUGACGAUUCCCGAAACAACGUGAGCCUGUUUGUGAGAUGCUUUCUACUCCUGCAAUAUGUUCACUCAGAGCUGUGUCGUGUUUACAAAGGAUGUGCACUUACUACACGGCCCUCUUUAAAACAAAACCCCCUCAUGGGUCUCAGAGCAGAGCUUUGCACUACUCAGCCCACAGACUUCAAUGUUCAGCCCCAGAGUCUUCUUCCACCCUCAGAAGUGCUCAGGGGACACAGACCACCUCUGAACCUGCAGACGAGGGUCCUCCGACUCCCCCCACCUGCUGCUGUAUGAGCGGCUGUUAUAACUGCGUAUGGAUCGAGCAUGCUGAGAAGCUCCUGAAAUAUUACAGUGAUGGUGGAGAGAGUGCUCUGCAGGCCAUUGAGGAGAACGUUCACGAUGACAACCUGAAGGCUUUUCUUAAAAUGGAGAUCAGGUUGCUGAAGAAGCCUUGAUAGGAGUGGACGCUCAGUAAUAGAGCUGAGCCAGUUCUGAGACAAGACACCAAAGUAUUAUUUACAAUACAAUUACGCAUGCUUUUUCCCAGUAAUAAGUUUGUUCUUAUUGUUAUAUGAAAUGUUUUCUAGCACUUUUCAAAACAUCUCCUCACACUUAGGCUGGUAAGAAUGUUUGUUGUGAAUUUUCAUAAUGUUUCGUAUCAAUGGUCUACAGAAUGUUCAGAUGUCAGACUGCGCCCAUGAUAAGGCCUUGUUAUCAAGAAAAGCAUAAUUUUUCUUUGAUAAAAUGUGAAGAUCAAAAUUCAAAAGUGAUAUUUAAUAUUGAUACAUAGGGGCUGUUUCCCAGACUGGGAUUAGUUUAAAACAGGACUAGGCCUUAGUUAAUUUAGGACUUUUAAGUAGUUUUAACAAACAUGCCUUACAAAAAACAUUACUUAAGUGCAUUUUGAGACAGCACAGAGGCACUGAUGUAUUUUAAGAUAUUUCAGUGCAAGCUGUUUCAGUUUGGACAGCUCUAACAUUUAGACUUGUACUAGUCUAAUCCCUGUCCGGCAAACCACCCCUUAGUGUUUUCACUUUGAUGAGAGCGCAAAAUAAUGCUUAUUUAUAGUAUUUAUAUUUAUGACGUUAUUUGCUGUUGAAAUAAAUUAUUAAAUAAAAAGUGCAUAACAAAUUAUUUUUACAAGGAUGGAUUUGUAUACAGGCAUAUUCAUCCUACAGAGUGGUUCAAAUAUGUAAUAAAAAUCAACGUUUUCAAUUGCCAAAUGUGUUCAAAAUAUUGUGUUCAAUUCUGAUUUGACUUAACUCAAAUGUUAACGUGAACAGAGUAGGGUCACAACUGACAGAUCAGCUCUUGUGGCAUUAGAUUUCACAUGAUGUGGCUCUUCAUAAUCAUCUGGCUUGGUCUUGCCAUUAGCUGACGCUUGUAUGACUGGUUUCUAUGACGACAGUCAUCCUGAUCUGUGUGCCUGUGAGUCAGCAUAUGAGGGCUUGAUGGUGCGUGCCGCGCUGAGACCAUGUUGCAGGGAUAUGAUCCAGA